UUCCCCACCCCUAGCGCUCUCCGUCUCGCUCGCCUCCUGCCCUUCCCCUCCCGCUCCAUCCGGGUCGCUGACGGCUGGCUUUGGGCUAGAGAGCAGUGGCGGCUGCUUUUCUCUGAGGAACCCGGUAAAGUUUCACAGGAGCCGAGGAGGUGAGCCGCGGAGCAGCUUCACCGACGCCGGAGGAGCUCUGGUGUUCGCAGCCACUGGCUGAAGGAGGAGGGUCCGGGAGCUGGAGACCUGUCUCAGCUGCUGCGCUGCCUCCCUCUUGCGGGAGGCGCCGCCCCCAGCCGCCCUGGGCUUCCCCUGCCUUGAGGGGCCGGACAUAGGGAUACCUCCAACUUGCCAGUGUUUCAGAAGGGAGUGUUUUAUUGAAACUGGAAGACCAAAAGAAUUACAAACAUGUUGUGCUGGGGAAAUGCAUCUUUUGGACAGCUAGGUUUGGGUGGAAUUGAUGAAGAAAUUGUACUAGAGCCCAGAAAAAGUGACUUUUUUAUAAAUAAAAAGGUUCGAGAUGUAGGAUGUGGACUCAGACAUACUGUAUUUGUUCUGGAUGAUGGAACGGUAUACACAUGUGGAUGUAAUGAUCUAGGGCAGCUAGGUCAUGAAAAAUCGAGAAAGAAACCAGAGCAGGUUGUUGCGCUGGAUGCUCAAAAUAUCGUUGCUGUUUCAUGUGGAGAAGCUCAUACAUUAGCACUAAACGACAAGGGCCAGGUGUAUGCUUGGGGUCUCGAUUCUGAUGGACAACUUGGCCUGCUAGGAUCAGAGGAAUGUAUCAGAGUACCCAGAAAUAUUAAAAGUUUGUCGGAUAUCCAGAUAGUACAGGUUGCUUGUGGCUACUAUCAUUCACUUGCACUUUCUAAAGCAAGUGAAGUCUUCUGUUGGGGACAGAAUAAAUAUGGCCAGUUGGGUUUAGGCAUUGACUGUAAAAAGCAAGCUUCACCACAACUGAUUAAGUCUUUACUUGGAAUCCCUUUCAUGCAAGUUGCAGCAGGAGGAGCCCAUAGUUUUGUACUCACCCUUUCUGGAGCUAUCUUUGGAUGGGGACGCAACAAAUUUGGUCAACUAGGUCUUAAUGAUGAAAAUGAUAGGUAUGUUCCUAAUUUACUAAAGUCACUAAGAACUCAGAAAAUAGUUUAUAUUUGUUGUGGAGAAGAUCACACUGCUGCACUAACCAAGGAAGGUGGAGUGUUUACUUUCGGAGCUGGAGGGUAUGGUCAGUUGGGUCAUAACUCUACCAGUCAUGAAAUAAACCCAAGGAAAGUGUUUGAACUUAUGGGAAGCAUUGUCACUCAGAUUGCUUGUGGAAGGCAGCACACUUCUGCUUUUGUUCCUUCAUCAGGACGAAUUUAUUCUUUUGGACUUGGUGGUAAUGGACAGCUAGGAACUGGUUCAACAAGCAACAGAAAAAGUCCUUUCACUGUGAAAGGAAAUUGGUUCCCUUAUAAUGGACAGUGUCCACCAGAUUUUGAUUCUGAAGAAUAUUUCUGUGUAAAAAGAAUUUUCUCAGGUGGAGAUCAAAGCUUUUCACAUUACUCUAAUCCCCAGAACUGUGGGCCACCAGAUGACUUUAGAUAUCCUGAUCCUUCGAAGCAGAUAUGGACUGUGAAUGAAGCUCUAAUUCAAAAAUGGCUGAGCUACCCCUCUGGAAGAUUUCCUGUAGAGAUAGCCAAUGAAAUAGAUGGAACGUUUUCUUCGUCUGGUUGUCUAAAUGGAAGUUUUUUAGCUGUUAGCAAUGAUGAUCACUAUAGAACGGGCACCAGAUUUUCAGGGGUUGAUAUGAAUGCUGCUAGGCUUUUAUUCCACAAACUUAUACAAUCUGAUCAUCCUCAGAUAUCUCAGCAGGUGGCAGCGAGCUUGGAAAAGAAUCUUAUUCCUAAACUGACUAGCUCCUUACCUGAUGUUGAAGCAUUGAGAUUUUAUCUUACUCUACCAGAAUGUCCCCUGAUGAGUGAUUCCAACAAUUUCACCACAAUAGCAAUUCCCUUUGGUACAGCUCUUGUGAACCUAGAAAAGGCACCACUGAAAGUACUUGAAAACUGGUGGUCAGUACUUGAACCUCCACUAUUCCUCAAGAUUGUAGAACUUUUUAAGGAGGUUGUGGUACAUCUUUUGAAACUCUACAAGAUCGGCAUUCCCCCUUCUGAAAGAAGAAUUUUCAACAGUUUUCUUCAUACCGCAUUAAAGGUUUUAGAAAUAUUACAUAGGGUAAAUGAGAAAACUGGACAGAUUAUACAAUAUGAUAAAUUUUAUAUACAUGAAGUACAAGAAUUGAUAGACAUACGGAAUGAUUAUAUCAACUGGGUCCAACAGCAGGCCUAUGGAAUGGAUGUCAACCAUGGAUUAACUGAGUUGGCAGAUAUCCCUGUUACAAUCUGCACAUAUCCAUUUGUAUUUGACGCCCAAGCAAAAACUACUCUGUUACAAACAGAUGCAGUCUUACAGAUGCAGAUGGCUAUUGACCAGGCCCACAGACAGAAUGUCUCCUCUCUUUUUCUCCCAGUGAUUGAAUCUGUGAAUCCUUGCUUAAUUCUAGUGGUACGUAGAGAAAAUAUAGUAGGAGAUGCAAUGGAAGUCCUUAGGAAAACAAAGAAUAUAGACUACAAAAAGCCACUCAAGGUUAUAUUUGUUGGAGAAGAUGCUGUUGAUGCAGGAGGGGUACGCAAAGAAUUUUUCUUGCUCAUCAUGAGGGAAUUACUGGAUCCUAAAUAUGGCAUGUUUAGGUAUUAUGAAGAUUCCAGGCUCAUUUGGUUUUCUGAUAAGACAUUUGAAGACAGUGAUUUGUUCCACUUGAUUGGUGUUAUCUGUGGAUUAGCAAUUUAUAAUUUUACUAUUGUGGACCUCCAUUUUCCUUUGGCUUUGUAUAAGAAACUGCUAAAAAAGAAGCCAUCUCUGGAUGAUUUGAAAGAACUAAUGCCUGAUGUUGGGAGAAGCAUGCAACAGUUACUGGAUUAUCCAGAAGAUGAUGUUGAGGAAACAUUUUGUCUUAAUUUUACGAUCACAGUUGAAAACUUUGGUGCAACAGAAGUGAAAGAACUGGUUCUAAAUGGUGCAGACACAGCUGUUAACAAACAAAAUCGGCAGGAGUUUGUUGAUGCUUAUGUGGAUUACAUAUUCAAUAAAUCAGUGGCUUCCUUAUUUGAUGCUUUUCAUGCGGGCUUUCAUAAGGUCUGUGGAGGAAAAGUCCUUCAGCUCUUCCAGCCUAAUGAACUACAAGCAAUGGUUAUUGGAAAUACAAAUUAUGACUGGAAGGAACUGGAAAAGAAUACAGAAUACAAAGGAGAAUAUUGGGCAGAACAUCCUACAAUAAAAAUGUUUUGGGAAGUAUUUCACGAAUUACCAUUGGAAAAGAAAAAGCAAUUUUUGUUAUUUUUGACAGGUAGUGAUCGCAUUCCUAUUCUUGGUAUGAAGAGUCUAAUACUAGUCAUCCAGUCAACAGGAGGUGGUGAGGAAUAUCUCCCAGUUUCCCAUACCUGUUUUAAUCUUCUGGAUCUUCCAAAAUACACGGACAAAGAAACUCUACGCUCUAAACUGAUCCAAGCUAUUGACCACAAUGAAGGUUUCAGUUUAAUAUAACUUUGGAGUUAUAACUAUUCAGUUUACUGCAAAAGCAUUAAACUCACUAUUAGUGUGUUUUUUUGUGGUGAUGAAUCCAGCAAGGUGACAGAGGUACUAUUAUAAUUCUUACUUGCAAAAUGUUCAAUGCAAUGAGUAUUCAUGAAAGCCAAAAAACAUUAAAGGAAAUGAACAAACUGUGUUAAUAUUAAACUUACUGUACAGAACCAUGGAUUUUUUUUUUGCCAUCUUCCAAUAAACAUACAAGUAUUGUGAAUACAUGGGAGUUUUACUAACAUGAAUUUUAAGAGUUUGCAUAUUUCACAAAUGAUCUGGUGUGUGAGUGCAUGAAAAUGUUGCUUAAUUUUUCUUCAAUCACGGCUCAAAAACCUUUAACUUUGGCCUGCAAUAGUCAUUUGAUUAUUUUUUCAUUUUGUAAAUACUGUUAAGUUUUGUAAUAAAAUAGUUAUGUUCUGAUACCA